CCGCCGCCCGGCAGGAGCGGAUUCUGCGAGCAGCGGGGCCGCCGCGAGCCGCGCGCAUGGAUCUAUGAGGACGCUCAUGCCAGGAGUCGGCGGGACUGGAGCAAACUUUCCCAGCGAUCCUGCGUCCGGCGCGCCCCGGCCCUCGACUCGACGCCCCGGCAGCCCCGGCGGCCGGCGCUGCCCGCGAUGGUGGCCGGGCCGCUGGGCGGCGGCGGCGGCGGCGGCGGCGGCGGGGCCCUGCUGUGCGUGCUGGCGCUGCUGCAACUGCUGAGCUCGGCGCCGCGGGGCGCGGGACUGGCGCACGGCCGGCGGCUCAUCUGCUGGCAGGCGCUGCUGCAGUGCCAGGGCGAGCCGGAGUGCAGCUACGCCUACAACCAGUACACCGAAGCGUGCGCGCUCGUGCUGACGCCGCGCGCGGAGGCCCACGCGCCGGCCGCCUUCCCGGCCCCGGUCGCCGCCUUCUCGCCGCGCUGGCGCUGCCCGAGCCACUGCAUCUCGGCGCUCAUUCAGCUCAACCACACGCGGCGCGGGCCCGCCCUGGAGGACUGUGACUGCGCGCAAGACGAGAACUGCCGCUCCACCAAGCGCGCCAUCGAGCCGUGCCUGCCCCGGAGAGCGGGCGGCGCGGGCGGCGGCGCGGGCGGCGUGAUAGGCUGCACCGAGGCGCGGCGGCGCUGCGACCGCGACAGCAGCUGCAGCCUGGCGCUCGGCCGCUACCUGGCCUACUGCGGCAAGCUCUUCAACGGGCUGCGCUGCACCGACGAGUGCCGCGCCGUCAUCGAGGACAUGCUGGCCGUGCCCAAGGCGGCCCUGCUCAACGACUGCGUGUGCGACGGCCUGGAGCGGCCCAUCUGCGAGUCGGUCAAGGAGAACAUGGAACGGCUCUGCUUCAGCUCCGAGCAGAGCCACGGCCCGGGCAGCAGCGGCUCGGACGGCGGCCCGGACGACUACUACGACGAGGAGUACGACGAGGACCCGCGCGCGGGGGGCGCAGGCGGGGAGUCGCCGCCGGACGACGACGACGACGGCGGCGGCGGCGGCGCGGGGGCCCGGGGCGACCCGCCGCACGGACCGGGCCGCAGGAGUAGCGGCGGCGGCGGCGCCCUCCGAGCCGCCGGGGCGCCGGGGAUCUUCGUCGUGUUGCUGCUGCUAUUGCUGCUGGACCCACUGCUCCUCUAGCCCGCGCCGCCCGCGCACGCACGCACCUGCGUCUUGGACCCGGGCGCGGCAGCUCGAGUAGUUUCCCACGCGUUGCGUUAGGAGACUCGCCUGGAGUGCGGGACCCCGCCUAGACACCCUGCACACCCCCAUCCCCCGGCUCCCGGCACCUCUCCGGCCCCCGGCCCCCUGCACCUCCCCGGCACAGUCUCCCGGCCCCCUGCGCGCCGUCCGGCCCCGAAACCCACCGCGCGCGCGUGUUCGUAGCCCGGGAUGCAGCGGCGCCCGGGAGGGACACGCGGGCGGGGACCGGGACCGGAGGCCGCCGGCCGGCUUGAACACCCUCACGGAACUGGGCCGGAGCUGCGGUGAAGGGACCGGCUAUUGAGGUCGCGUUUUCCCCGUAGCCAGGGAGAAAGGCCCGUCUUGACUUUCUGGUGGCCAGUGAGAAGAUGGCAAUCGUAAGUAAAGCAGAAGGACCCUCGCUCAGAGAUCAGAGCCCGGAGCUGGCAGUUUGGAUGUGGGUCGGAAGGGGUUAAUAUUUUGAAUUAGUUUGCCAUAACUUUGAGCCCGUGACCUUAAUUUCAUUGCCACCGCUCUUAGCACACUUUCAGCACACACAGAUUCGGUAAAAAGGCGAAUCUAAAAAGAGUUGGUCUUGAUGUUGAACAAUGUAACUUUUUAUUUAAAACAGCCCCGCACUGCCGUGUCGGAAAGCCUCUGUGAUGCUUGUUUUGUUGUCAUAUUUUGUUCUUUACAUCAAGAAAUUGUUUGUACAAAUAUGCGGAGAACUGUGUAUAUUGCUCAGUUUUUAUCAGGGUGUUUAAGUCCUGGUAUUUCGUACAGAAAAAUGUAUUAAAACUGGGGUUUGUUACCAGUUGCUGUACUUUGUAUAUAGAAUUUUUAUAAAUUGUAUGCUUCAGAAAUAAUUUAUUUAAAAAAAAUUUUAAACACUUAAAUCCACAUCUACGUUACACCUUUGCUCCCUGAAAUUAAUAGAAUUUGACACCAGGGACCCAGACCCACAAUCUGUUGUGAGUGUGCUCUAUGGAACCAUUUGAAAAUGUACAGUGUAUUUUAUAGAUUUGAAGUUAACAAGAAUUUUCAAGAACAUUUUGGACAUCGCAGAAAACGUACAAGUUUAUUUGCAAACUUGCCUUAAGCAUUGUAUUUUUAUAGACAUCGUUUUAUUUUGUUUUGUUUUUUUAAAAGUACUAUGCUUUAACUAUUUCUUUGUGCAUUUUUUGGUGGUUUGAUUAAAAUUUGUGUAUCAGUAAAAAGUCUUAAGUAAUAACUGUGGUGUAACUACUUUUCAGAAUUACACUGUGGUUAGCUCAAUAAUGAGUUGAAAAGAGGGUGGAGGGGGCCACGGGCAAUCUCUGAACCAUCAACUGAAAUUAAGGUGUAAAACAACAAAUGAGGGACUUUUAUUGCUGACUUUAAUUUGAUGCACAAUUAGCUAUCUCUAAAUGAGGGAGAUAAAAAUAUAAUUGAUUUACUUUGGUCUUUGCAUUUGUGGUGAAAAUUCAUAGAUGAAGAGUGUCAAAUCAUACGGGGGUUAGCUG